UCUGCCUCAGUCUGUGCUCUCUUCUGACCCCACCGAACACCCAGGAAGAAAAUGGCCACAUCUGGGGUCCUGGUGCUAAGAUGUCUCUUCAUGGCUGUCCUGAUGAGCUCCCAGAAGUCAUGGGCGAUCAAAGAGAAACACACCAUCAUCCAGGCGGAGUUCUACCUUUCCCCGGACAUGAAAGGAGAGUACAUGUUUGACUUUGACGGUGACGAGAUUUUCCAUGUGGAUAUUGAUAAGUCACAGACCAUCUGGAGACUUGAAGAAUUUGGGCAGUUCGCCAGCUUUGAGGCUCAGGGUGCCCUGGCCAACAUAGCUGUGGACAAAGCUAACCUGGAGAUCAUGAUGAAGCGCUCCAACAACACUCCCGAUAUCAAUGUGCCCCCUGAGGUGAGCGUGCUGCCCAGAGACCCGGUGAACCUGGGGGAGCCCAACAUCCUCAUCUGCUUCGUCGACAAGUUCUCCCCUCCGGCCGUCAACGUCACCUGGCUUCGCAACGGACAGCCCGUCACCACAGGCGUGUCAGAGACCGUGUUCCUCCCGAGGGAGGACCACCUCUUCCGCAAAUUCUUCUAUCUGCCCUUCCUGCCCUCCACGGAGGAUUUCUUUGACUGUCAGGUGGACCACUGGGGUCUGGACGAGCCUCUGCUCAAGCACUGGGACUUCGAAGAGCAAACCCUCCUCCCAGAAACUAAGGAGAAUGUGUUGUGCGCUCUCGGGCUGUUCGUGGGUCUGGUGGGCAUCGUGGCCGGCGUUGUCCUCACCAUCAAGGGGAGGCAGAAGCGCAAGGCCACAGAGCGCCGCCACCAAGGAGGCCUGUGAGACUCUAGAGGCGACGGCUUCAGUGAAAGCUCUGUGAAGACACUUGCUGUGACAGAACCUGAGGCCCCUUUUCUCAGUUGUUCAUCACAGUGGAGACCACACCUGCAGUUUCCCGCCUUAAGCCCCAAGAAUGGCGCCGGGUUCCCUUGUCUAAUGUCCAGCUGUGUCCCCUUCCUGUCCCUACUUUCUAUUCCCGUCAUUUAUAUUCACCAUGUAAUUCCUCUGUUACGAGUAUCACAGAGCUCUGCCUGUGCCGUGGGGUUUCUGAGCACAGAGCCAUCUCUGUUCACGUAUGUCUCACUGUUUCUCCACACUGUGCUUUUUUUUUCUACAAAUAAUAAACAUCUUGGAUGGGU